AUGCACUGCACCAGAGUGUUAGACUAUUUCCCUUACAAGCAAGCAAUGGCUGUGGACGUGGCCAUGCAGCUGUACCUGUGCUCCUCACCCUUGCGCAGAGAGAAGUGCACCUGCAAAAUUGCUCCAAAGGCCAGCAAGCCGCUGCGGCCCUGCAUCCAGCUGAGCAGCAAGGCUGCCCUGAAGGGCCCAGGAGAGACAGCAAACUCCUUCCCACACAGCAAGGCGAAGAAGAGGGUGUCCUUUGCAGAUAGCAGAGGCUUCGCUCUGACCAUGGUGAAGGUGUUCUCGGAGUUUGAGGAUCCGCUAGAUAUUCCUUUCAACAUCACAGAGCUGAUAGACAACAUCGUGGGCCUGACAACCGUGGAGAAGGACAGCUUCGUCCUGGAUUUUGUUCAGCCCUCCGUAGACUACCUGGACUUCAGGAACCGCCUCCAGACAGACUGUGUCUGUCUGGAAAACUGCAUGCUAAAGGAGAAAUCUAUUGUGGGAACGGUGAAGGUGAAGAACCUCGCUUUUGAGAAGACGGUGAAGAUCCGGAUGACGUUUGACACGUGGAAAAGCUUUGUGGAUCACCCGUGCCAGUAUGUCAAGGAUACGUAUGGAGGGUCGGACCAGGACACGUUUUCCUUUGACAUCAGCUUGCCUGAGGGGAUUCAGUCGCACGAAAGAGUUGAGUUUGCCAUUUCCUUUGAGUGCGAUGGCAAGGUGUACUGGGACAACAACAGGGGCACAAAUUACAGGGUCAUCCGGUCAGAACUGAAGUCUGCCCAGGAAGCUGUCCGUCCCCCCCAGGCUCCUGACUUCGGCAGUGCAUUUGACCGGUUUGGGAGCCCUCGGUGCUCCUAUGGCCUCUUUCCUGAGUGGCCCAGUUAUUCAGGCUACGAGAAGCUCGGGCCCUACUACUGACCCGAGGACAAAGGCCAGGCUGACUGACUGCUGCUGGUGUGUCUGCAGGCCUUGGGGCUGGCCUGAACACAGGUGGAUGAAUAGGUGGAAGAAGAAUGGCUCUGUGUAGCUUAGCAUAAGCCUCCCAGCAAAACCAGAUGGGCGGUGCUCUGCUGGCAGGGGGCUUAUAGUCAGAGCAGCAAAUCUGGCUCUCCAGAUGCUCAGAGGACCAAGGACUGCUCAUGUCUCUUCAGCACUUCUUCUUCCUCUUCAGUAAAGGUGCCAGUGUCCAG